AUGCAUUCUCACCAGUUCGCAAAAUACACAGGCGAGGACCGAAAGGUAAAGGCGGCAAACUUGCUAAUGAAGCUAGAAACACAGCAGCAAACUUUACUUCAGCCAUCCACUGCACAAGAAAAUGCCACCCUUGCAAGUUAUCGCAUUAGCAACAUCAUUGUCAGAAGUGGACACGCUUUUGCUGCGGGUGAUUUUGUAAAAGAGUGUCUGACAGUUGCUGCUGAAGCUGUGUGUCCAACUCAGAAGCGGGCUUUUUCUCAAAUAAGCCUGUCACGGAACACGGUGACCCGCCGCGUUGAGGACAUGGCCGAAGACGUUCGGGGCCAGAUAGCCCAAAGAGCAGGUCGGUUUUCUGCCUUCUCCAUCGCAUGCGAUGAAAGCACCGACAUAUCGGACUCAGCACAGUUGCUGGUGUUUUUGCGAGGCGUCAAUGAGGACUUUGAAGUGUGCCAAGAACUAGCGGGCCUUGAAACACUGAAAGGGACGACAAGAGGGAUCGAUAUUUUUAAGGCAGUGGAGCAAGUUAUGGACAAGAAUGGUUUGAAGUGGGAAAACCUAUCUGGCAUCACGACUGAUGGAGCCCGGCCAUGGUCGGAGCAACUGUGCGCUAAGAAUAUCGGCCUAAAGAACGUGAUGCAGGAUGUCGUUGGCAUUGUCAAUAAUAUUCGCUCAAAGGCGCUCUCACACCGUCAGUUCAAAGCUGUUGUUGAUGAGAUGGAUGCCCAGUAUGGGGAUGUAUUGUACCACCAGGAGGUGCGGUGGCUGAGCCGCGGGAAAGUUUUGCGACGUUUCUUUGAGCUGCGUGAGGAAAUCAGGGUGUUUCAAGCCACAAAGGAGAACAACAUCCAAGUGCCCUCGGACAAGCACUGGAUUGCAGAUCUGGCCUUUCUUGUGGACAUCACAGAGCUGCUGAAUAUCCUCAAUCUUCAGCUUCAAGGGAGAGACCAGAUAAUCACUCAGCUGUACGACCAUGUCAGAGCCUUCAAGCAAAAGCUCCAGUUGCUUAGCAGACAUCUCUUAACAGGAAAUUUGGCACAUUUUCCCAGCCUCAGAGAAGUUGGGUUGAUGGAGGAAGACACACCAAAAUACUGCAACAUUCUCAGCGAUCUUGUGGUGGAGUUUGACCAUCGCUUUGAGGAUUUUCGUGGAAACGAAGCAGCAUUUGAGCUGUUUGCCCAACCCUUUGCUGUAAAUGUGGAUGCAGUCAGUGAGGAGCUUCAAAUGGAACUUUUGGAGCUUCAGUCUGAUUCAGACCUCCGUUGCCGGUUUAGAGAGCUUUCUUUACAGGACUUUUACAAAUCUGUUCCUGCACACAGAUAUGGCAAGAUCCGCAAACAUGCACAGGUGAUGUUCUCCCUCUUUGGAAGUACCUAUGUCUGUGAGCAGGCAUUCAGCCUGAUGAAUCUUAAUAAGUCCAAACUGAGAAAUGCUUUAUCUGACUCUCACCUUCAUGACAUUCUCACUCUGUCAGUUAGUCAGCUGGAGCCUGAUAUUAAGAGACUUGUAAAAACCAAGGACAGGCUUCAUGUCUCCCACUGA